AUGUCAUCCUCCACUUCUUUUUCCGUCCGCUAUUGCCUCCACGGGCACCGCAGCGUGGUUUCCUCCGGCGACCAACCGCAUCAGGUCCUGCAAGUCCGACUGAGGUCCCAGAGCCGUAUGAUCUCUCGAUCUCCGGCAGCGAUCCUCCAGGAAACUUCGUGGACUCCGAUGGCGAAUGCCGUGUUCCCUCUCCCCCUGAGCGCGCUCAAUGGUCUGCUGUUCCUCGAGGCCUACAUCCGGCAGUUGCUGUGCUCGCUGGAUCUCCCUGAGGGCGCUUGCGAGGUCAUCGCCCGGAAGAUCGCGUCGUUCGUCGUCGAAUUGGCGGGCGGAAACAGCGAUCAGGUGAACCUGCACGUCGUGGCAUUGGUGGAUUAUAUCGAGGAGAUGGCGAUUGUUGCAGAAGAAGCUCCGGCGGGGGCGGCGAAAUCGGCGAUCUCGAGGCUGAAGAAGGAGAAGGUUGAAGAAGAAGUAGAAUUGGGAGAUUGCAGCGUUUGUUUGAAUGAGAUGAAUGGCGGGAGCGAGGUGAUUAAGAUGCCGUGCGGUCAUGUGUAUCAUGAAUCAUGCAUCCUCUCAUGGUUGAACAAGAACAAUUCUUGCCCAUUGUGCAGAACAAAGUUGGAACAAUGA